AUGGCUGUUCCACCUGCAUGGUUUGCACUACCACAAUAUACCCUUCCAGUCUUGCUAGCUCAGCCAGCCGGCACAUAUGGAAUAUCAUACGAUAUCAGCACUGGCCCAACUGAGCAAGACCCUCCUAUGGGAUGGGGAGCACCUAGAGAUGCAUUUCUGAUUAUAGUGCACUAUCAGGUCAAAACAUACCGCAGGCUUAUUGCCAGACUGCAUGCAAAUCAUUUUCAGCGGCAUCAGUACAGCGACUACGUCCAUCAUAAUACAUCAGCAAUGUACACAUAUCUGACAAUGGUUCGCCUUCGCUUUAUCGCACCAACUAUGAAAUUGGCAAUGACAGUGAAGAGCAUGAAAAUGCACCAUAUAGCAGCAAUGCAUGUGUUUGAUCAAACUCAUGAACUGCAACUCGGUGGAUUCUAUGCGCCAAUUCUCACUGGCCCCACACCCCAUGGCCUUGUUUUGCCAGCAUUACCUCUUCUGGCCAUACCUCCAGCACCAAUUCCUGUGGGAGCAUUCGUUCGGCCCGUUGAUACAGCUUCAUCCCUAGCUGCUAACAAUCCUGGCAAUAAUCUCAUGUGA